AACUUUAAGCAAAAUGCCCAAAUUUCAUUGUCCUAAAUAUUGGUGUCGUAAAUAGCAAAUUGCCCCUAAAAUAAUAAUACCCCCUCGACUAUACUAGUGGUGGUCAACCAAAAACACUCUCCAAACACCACCCCCUCUUUGUCUCUCAUUAUCUAUCAUAUUAAUAUACAUGUACCUUAUAUACGUACACACGUACAUAUAUAGAUAGAUACACACACAAAAAAAAAAAAAAAAACUCUCUUCCUACUUUCUCUCUCUAGCCUCACACAACUAAAUGAGCUGGAAGUGGAGGGAGAUUCCGUGUGAGGGAUUCUAGCUGUAAAAUUGUUAAAUCCCCAAUUUCUUUAUCUUUUCUUGCCUGCCCCCUUAUCUCUAUAUAUACCCCCUCUCAUUUCACUUCAUCACCACAAUCAAGAAAGCAAAGGAAAAAAAAAAAUCCAAUCUUUCUUUGAACCCAUAAAGAAAAAACAAAAGCUGCUACACACACACCAAAAAGAAGAAAACCCCAUCAUCAUUAAAACAAAAAAAAUCAAGAAACAUGGGAUUCAACAUGCCCUUGGUUUUCUUGUUAGCAUCAUUAGUCAUCUCAUUCUUUGCCCUAAAAUGGAUCCUCAAAAAAAUCAUGUCUUUAGGGCAUGUAAAGUUGCCACUGCCACCUGGCACAAUGGGUUGGCCUUACAUCGGUGAAACCUUCCAUCUCUACUCCCAAAACCCAAACACUUUCUUUGCAUCCAAAGUCAAGAAGUAUGGUUCCAUAUUCAAGACCCAUGUAUUAGGUUGCCCAUGUGUAAUGAUUUCAAGCCCAGAUGCAGCAAAAACAGUACUUGUAACAAGAGCUCACCUCUUCAAGCCUACAUUCCCAGCAAGCAAAGAGAGGAUGUUAGGCAAGCAGGCAAUUUUCUUCCAUCAAGGCGAUUACCAUUCGAAGCUGAGGAAGCUCGUCCUCCGUGCAUUCACGCCCGAUUCGAUCAAGAACAUCGUCCCCGAUAUCGAAUCGUUAGCCGUCACCUCCCUACAAUCAUGGGAUGGCAAAUUGAUCACCACUUUUCAAGAAAUGAAAACUUAUGCAUUCAAUGUGGCAUUGCUGUCAAUACUUGGGAAAGAUGAGGUUUUGUACAGGGAGGAUCUCAAGAGAUGCUACUACGAUCUCGAGAAGGGGUACAAUUCGAUGCCGAUUAAUCUACCGGGAACACUCUUCCAUAAGGCAAUGAGAGCUAGAAAGCAGCUCUCGAAGAUCUUGGCAAAAAUCUUGUCACUUAGAAGAGAGAUGAAGCAGAGCCACAAUGAUCUUUUGGGAUCAUUCAUGCAAGAUUCCGAAGGACUAACCGACGAACAAAUCGCGGAUAAUAUUAUCGGAGUUAUUUUCGCGGCCCGCGAUACAACGGCUAGUAUACUCACUUGGAUUCUCAAGUUCCUUGCUGAGAAUCCAACUGUUCUUCAAGCUGUCACUGAGGAGCAAGAGGAAGUAAUGAAGGGUAAAGAAGAGUGUGGUGAGGAGAAAUCAUUGACUUGGGGAGAUACCAAAAAGAUGCCGUUGACCAAAAGGGUUAUUCAAGAAACACUCAGAGUUGCUUCCAUCUUAUCUUUUACUUUCAGAGAAGCUGUUCAAGAUGUUGAAUUCAAUGGAUAUCUAAUUCCAAAGGGAUGGAAAGUGAUGCCACUCUUCAGAAACAUUCACCACAGCCCAGAAAACUUCCCAGAGCCAGAAAAAUUUGACCCUUCAAGAUUUGAGGUGUCACCUAAGCCCAAUACAUUCAUGCCAUUUGGCAAUGGGGUCCACUCCUGCCCAGGCAAUGAGUUAGCCAAGCUUGAGAUCAUGGUUCUAUUACACCAUCUAACCACAAAGUACAGGUGGUCUAUGAUGGCCCCACAGAAUGGAAUACAGUAUGGACCAUUUCCUCUUCCCCAGAAUGGUUUGCCAAUUAAGCUCUCCCUCAAGAAAUAACAAAUAAUUUAUUAUUAAUUAAAAGUUAUAUAUUAAAAAAGAAAAGAAAAAUGGCAAUUUUCUUGAUCAAAGAAUGAUGAAGAAAAUAAUAUAAAACAAGAGGUUGAGGAGGCGGCCCCACCAAAAAAACCAGAAGAUUUCUGGUGUGAGGGAAACAGCAAGAGGAAGCCAACUGUACAUAGAGACAAAUUCAUUUUUCUACUAGGAUAUGAGAAGUUCAAGAUCAAUUAGGUUGAUUGUAAUACUAAUUAUGUUAUUAGGGAAAUAUAUAUUUUUUUAUUUUUUUUUUAUUUUUUUCUCUUCAUUAUUAUGUUUUUUUAACAUGUAAAAAGUCCGCAAGGCGAUUUAAUGGAAGUAGCAUUGGUUAAUAA